CUGUAACCCAUCAAUACCUAUUCUUCUUCUUCUCCUUAGCUCCUUUUCUUUUCUAAAUAAAAAUAUUUAUUUUUGCUGAGCUUCAAAUGACUUUCGGUGCCUCUUUAAGUUUUGGUCACAAAAUAACAAUGCUUGCUCUUAAUUUUAACAAGCUGUACUUAGCUUUUGGUGGUUAGGAAAUUGGAUUGUAAGUUUAAAAGCCAAUGGCUUUGUAGUUUUCAUACACGAAAAAGAAAGAGGGUUUGUUUCUUCAGGUUUCAUUUUUGACCGUUGAUCUUGAUUUUGGUUGAUAAAGAUGGUGGGAAGUGUUGAGACAAGGAAAAGUUAUGUGUACUCAAAUGGGUCUGUACAGAACAAUAGUAGUUUGGAAGAGAAACUUGAUGAACUCAGAACCACUUUAAACAAGGCUGAUGGUGAUCCCAUAAGGAUUGUUGGCGUAGGGGCCGGGGCUUGGGGGAGUGUUUUUGCUGCUUUGAUGCAAGAUAGCUAUGGCCAUUUCCGGGAAAAGGUUCAGAUUAGGAUAUGGAGAAGGGCAGGGAGAGCUGUCGAUAGAGCAACAGCUGAACACCUUUUCGAAGUGAUCAACUCGAGGGAGGAUGUUCUUAGGAGGUUGAUCCGUCGCUGUGCUUACCUAAAAUACGUCGAGGCAAGGCUUGGGGAUCGGACGCUUUAUGCAGAUGAGAUUUUGAAAGAUGGAUUUUGCUUGAACAUGAUCGAAACGCCACUUUGUCCUUUGAAGGUUGUGACAAACUUGCAGGAGGCUGUUUGGGAUGCUGACAUUGUGGUGAAUGGAUUGCCUUCAACUGAGACAAAGGAAGUGUUUGAAGAGAUCAGUAAGUAUUGGAAGGAGAGGAUUACAGUUCCUAUCAUUAUCUCUUUGGCAAAAGGGAUUGAGGCUAAAGUAGAACCUGUUCCGCAUCUAAUAACUCCCACGCAAAUGAUUAAACGGGCAACUGGAGUACCUAUAGAGAACAUACUAUAUCUAGGAGGACCAAACAUUGCAUCAGAAAUCUACAACAAAGAAUAUGCUAAUGCUCGAAUAUGUGGAUCUGAAAAGUGGAGAAAACCUCUGGCGAAAUUCCUUAGGCAACCUCAUUUUAUUGUUUGGGACAACAGUGAUCUUGUCACACAUGAGGUGAUGGGUGGCUUGAAAAAUGUCUAUGCCAUUGGAGCAGGAAUGGUAGCAGCCCUCACAAAGGAGAGUGCUACCAGCAAAUCGGUAUAUUUUGCCCAUUGUACAUCAGAGAUGAUUUUUAUUACUCAUUUGUUGGCGGAAGAACCAGAGAAACUUGCAGGGCCUUUGCUGGCCGAUACUUAUGUAACAUUAUUGAAAGGUCGUAAUGCUUGGUAUGGCCAAAUGAUUGCCAAAGGCGAAUUGAGCCGAGAUAUGGGUGACAGUAUCAGUGGAAAAGGAAUGAUUCAGGGCGUCUCUGCAGUGGGAGCUUUUUACGAACUUCUCAGUCAGUCGAGCCUGAACGUCUUGCAUCCUGAAGAGAAGAAGCAUGUUGCUCCUGUAGAGCUCUGCCCCAUUUUGAAGAUGCUUUACAAAAUUUUGAUUACAGGGGAACAGUCACCGGAGGCCAUUCUUCAAGCCUUAAGAGAUGAAACCUUGAACGAUCCGAGGGAAAGAAUUGAGAUUGCACAAAGCCAUGUCUUCUACAGGCCAUCACUUCUUGGACAGCCUUGAGUAGUUUCAUGGCAGAGCUAUAUUUUGAGUAGUAUAUUUAUUUAUAUAUCUAUAGAAGUAUACUAAAAUUAAAUGAUUGAAGAGAAAUGUACUGGUUUCCUCGAGUGUAGUGUGUAGUGUGUACUUCCAAUAAUUUGAAAUAUAAGUUGAUGAGAUUGAUCUUCAAUUGAAAUGAACACAACUUAAUUUUUUGGAUCU